AUGGCUCACAACUGUCCAUUAACGAAAGGAGAUCUUGAAUUAACAUUGCCACUUAACCUUUACAAAUAUGCGAUACUUUUCGGAUUCAUUGACAAAACUAAGUAUUAUGUCUUGAGGGUUUUCAGAAAUAGCACGAAAAGUUUCUCUUCAUCUUUAUUCAACAAGAAGUAG